CCGGCCUCCAGCGCCCACCGGGUCGGCCCGGCCCCGGCCCGGCCCAGCCAUGAUCAAGGCGAUCCUCAUCUUCAACAACCACGGCAAGCCGCGCCUCUCCAAGUUCUACCAGCCCUACAGUGAAGACACACAACAGCAAAUCAUCAGGGAGACUUUCCAUUUGGUAUCUAAGAGAGAUGAAAAUGUUUGUAAUUUCCUAGAAGGAGGAUUAUUAAUUGGAGGAUCUGACAACAAACUGAUUUAUAGACAUUAUGCAACAUUGUAUUUUGUCUUCUGUGUGGUUUCUUCAGAAAGUGAACUUGGCAUUUUAGAUCUAAUUCAAGUUCACAAUAUUCUUGCAGAAAUGGUGAUGGGGGGAAUGGUGUUAGAGACCAACAUGAAUGAGAUUGUUACGCAAAUUGAUGCACAGAAUAAACUGGAGAAAUCCGAGGCUGGCUUGGCGGGUGCCCCGGCCCGUGCCGUAUCAGCUGUGAAGAAUAUGAAUCUUCCCGAGAUCCCGAGAAAUAUUAACAUUGGUGACAUCAGUAUAAAAGUGCCAAACCUGCCCUCUUUUAAAUAAAAAAAUUAAAAGACCACUCCCAGGUAAAAUCCAGGGGGGAAAGUCAUCCAAGUUUACCAUGCAUUUGUUUACCAAAAACAGAGGAGAGUCUUACGUGCCGCUCCUGGAUCUGAGUCAAGGUACUGGAUAGAGCUGUGUAAGAUCGCCCGGAAUUCAGUGUUGCUUUUCUUGCUCAGUGAUUUUAAAGAAAUCGAGUAGUUCCUGUGUGAUUUUCUUUGUGUUAUGGUCUGCAUUCCUGUACCCACCUGGGGCAUGCCCUCCGUCUUGGCCGCCGUGGCAGCAUGCCCAGCAGUGCUUGGGGGCUCCUGCAGGAUGGCCCACCCGUCCGGGCAGGAGCGUUGGUGGGGAGCACAAGUGCAGCAUCGCUCAGUUCUUUCUGUUCUUUGUCACAGUUGUUAUUUAAAGAACCAAGUGUGUAUUGCAUGAAAACAUUAUGAUCUCUUCCUCUUAGUUUAAAUAAACUCCAAGGUAACUGGACUUCUAA